CCUGCUGCCUCAAGUGCUGUACUACGUGCACACGCACCUCCUGUUUCCGCUAGCAAAAGCGUCGGCCGUAUGUGAUGCCUCGCGACCGCUACAAGACGCUCUCGAGCGGUACGCCAACGGAAGCGCUCGCGAUUCCCAAACCACUCGGGACGUCGACAGCCGAGCGACGCAUUCGCGAGGUCACAGCCCGGAUAACGCGAAGCCGCACGUUUAAAAGACCGAGCCACGGCGAUAAAGAUGGCGACGAGGCCACCAUACUCAACGAGGAGCGAGACCGCCACCGUAGUUCGUCGUCGUCUUCAACUUCAUCUCUGGAGACGUCCUGCCGUACACGACUCGACCCGCCGGCCCCGGACAUCAAUCCCUCGCCGUCGUGGACGCCCAAGGGCUGCCUCGUCUUCGUCGACUCGAGCGUCGAGUUUGAAAACGAGAGACGCGUCGAACGGACAGCCGUACAAGUUCCAGAAGACUGCCCGGCAAGGCCGAAAGUCUUUGCAGGUACUACGUCAGCAGGCGAACUGGAACCAGACCCGCUGGCGAGAUGCGGCAGCCCACCCAGCGCUACUCUUUCGGGCUGCCUCGACCCAGUGGCUGGUUCGAGUAACAGGCCCGCCUCCUGCCGCAUCUGCGGCCUCGAAGGGAACCGGCGGGCACCUCUCGUGUCUCUCUGCAAGUGCCCGGGCGCCGCGGGCCUCCUGCACGCUUCGUGUCUGGAGCGUUGUAUGGACAUUCACAACGCAGAUUUGCACUGCGACGUGUGCUACAGCCGUUUUCUACCGGCUGCCGAGUUCAGCAGUACCUCUCGGCUCUUCCGCUGGGUCCUGCUGGGCGAGCCGCACAUGCAAAGGGCGUUGAUGGGCGACCUGCUUCUGUUCGCCCUUCUGACUCCCGUCGCCGCGUUGAGCUGUCUACUCUGCGUGCGCGGCGCUUCAAAGCAGCUGUUGCGCGGUAACUUCGCUCAGGCCGUGAGCCUGGGCGCGCUGGCCGUCGUCUUCACCACGGCCUACGUAUUCUGGUUGUUCUUCGCUGCACGCGUCCAUUACCGCGCGUUCGCGGCGUGGAAGACGAGGCACGACCCUGAGCACUGCACGCCGACGCAGUCUUUCACCGACGACGGAGUCUCUUCAACUGGCCACCGCAGGACGUCGUCGGUGCGACCGCUGAGCCCGCGAGAGCUUCUAGACGUCGCCACUGGUAGCAUCGACGACGUCGAAAGCACGUCGACACACCAAGAUGGCGGCGGGGAUAUCGACGUCCGGCAAGCGCUGUUAAAAACGUCACCCACAGACCUGUCUUCAGAAUUGCAACAGCAGUCUGUGGACCUUGCCCGCCAGCAUUGCUCGCGUUCUGGCAGCUUAGUGUGAACUGUUUGUUCCGCCUAACCUGGUUCACUUUUAACGUUUUAAUUGUGUUCAUGUUGUGUUCUUAUCCCUGCUUGUAAUGACGUUCAAUAGUUUCAACGUCCGUGUAGACUAUAAUCAUGAGUAUGCCCAUUUCGUUCGUUUUAACAUGGUUUUACGUCGUGUUUUAGUGUCUUUAUAUGCGUUCUUUUAACACUUUCUUACUCCGAUUUCGUGCGAAUAAAACCGCGAAUUGUAUGUCUUUCGAAGCACGCAGGUGUCGACCCAUCUCUAUUCCUACGCACAGUACUUAAGGGCUGUAAAACUGAACAUUAAAUUCUUUCACAUUUGCUAUU